CGCGAGGUCUGCGAAGCUCGGUCCUCAGUCAGACUGUACAGGUUACGUAAGAAAGUCAAAUACUCCAAUACUCUUUAGCGAAAUUUUUGAUGUGAUAAACCCAACUGGAGAAAACUAUGAGCUUCUCUGGUUAUUUGGACGCGCUUUCUCAGGAGCUUGGACCUCUACAUUUAGCAUUGGUUUUGGCACGGUUCGAUGCAACCACAGUUAGUGAAGAAAGAAUGUUUGAAUAUCUGUGGAACUUGGAAGAGGUCCAGCGCUGCCUUAAAGUCGAUGUUACUCCAGCCAGCAAAUCGGAGGAGAAAGCAAAAUUAUUCCGAUUGCAAGGAAAUGCAUAUUAUCGGAAGAAAGAUUUGCAACAAGCUCUCUCUUAUUAUAAUCGUAGCGUUAUGUUUUCUACCUGCCCUUCUGUGGGUUCAAAUUCUCCAUCUUCAAAUGAUUCUGGAGCAACAGCCAAUAAUGACGGUCAGACGAUUUCUGAGAGUAUGGUUCCAGACGAGAUUGUGACCGAUGUUUCGACACGGAUUGAAAGCGAAGCACAACAAGAAGCUAGCAGGUCUGUGAAAACUACCACUGAGAAUCGCACACCUUCCAUACUAUUACAAAAUAAUAUUUUUCCUAACAGGGGAGGUAAUCCACGGCAAGAAAAAGAUGACCAGGUGGAAUUAGGAAACAAAGAUAUUGGCCAUACUACAACACCAAAAAGGGAAUUAGCUCUAGCAUAUGGCAACAGAUCUGCUGUGCUAUUUGAACUUCGACAAUAUGAUUAUUCGCUUUUGGACAUAGAUAGAGCCCUGCAAUCUGGCUACCCAGAAGAAUUGAAGAAUAAGUUAUUACUUAGGAGAAACAAGUGUUUCUCAGCCCUGGAGAGUGGGAAGCAAAAAGAAAAACUGGUCACAUAUUUCCCUAUCACUGAGAACGUCAUGGACCCAAGUGCCACCAUAACAGGGGCUAGUACUGCUCUUGAACUUUCUUACACACCCGAGAAAGGACGAUGCGUGGUGGCCAAAAGAAACAUCCGCCCAGGGGAGGUUUUGCUGGUUGAAGAAAGUUCAUUGAGCUGUUUGGAUGAAGCCCAUCUUGCUACGAACUGCUCUUCGUGUCUAGCACACUGUUUGGUUCCUGUUCCUUGCCCGACUUGUUCCUUGGUGAUCUUCUGCAGUGAAUCGUGCAGGUCAAAGGGGCUGGCAGGUUCCCACGGAAAAGAAUGCAGAGUGCUUCCCACCUUGCUGAACCACAUGUAUAUGCUUAUGUCAUACCGCUUACUGAUGCAAACCACCCACACCAGGGUGAAGGGCCUUGUACCAAUACUACGUGAAGAAGCGAAGACCCGCAAGAAAGCUGAUCUUGGACUGAACGAUGAUUCUGUUUACGAUAGCUUUGACUAUAGGACGCUUUACCACCUAACAACGAACACGAAUCAAUUGUCUGCCUUACACCUCUUAGGACUGUGUAUCUCAGCAGUGGUUGUUACCAAGCUACUGAGGGAGAGUCAGCAGUAUUUCGUUGAUGACUCUGGUGUUGCCUUUACGCCAAGCACCGAGGACCUGUUACUGACAGGGAGCGCAGCCUUUCAUCAUAAUCUCACCUUUAAUUGCAGUGGUUACGUAGUUAGUGAAUAUCAAGUGCAGAAAACUCCCAUGGCUGUAAAAGGACAGUUGAUUGGACUUGGCCUUUCCCCAGUCCUGUCAUUCUUUAAUCACUCGUGCUACCCAUCAGCAUCAUUUUGGGCUACUGAAUGCCAUGUGAAAGUGGCUGCCAUGCGUUCAGUCAAAGCAGGCGAAGAGUUGACACUGAACUAUAAUCCGGCAUUAAUGAAAAUGGGCUUGACUGAACGAAGAACUUUUCUUCGUAAUCAGUACAACUUCGACUGUCAUUGUGAGGCUUGUGAUGGCAACCUAGAUUUAAGGUCUUCCUCUUCCUCGUUCCAUAUUAAAUGCCCUGAAUGUGAAGGUCAGGUCGACCUCGCUUCGAAGUCUUGUCUUCGCUGUCGACAAGUUUAUGGGCCGGACGUCGGUGUGCGGGGCAGUGAUACGUUCAAUAUGAGGGAAAUACAUGGCAAAAUUUCCCAGGCCAUGGCGGAAAUACCAACGUUGAUCAAAUUAUCCAAAGAACAUCCAGCACCAGAAGAAAAUCUAGAAAGCCUCGUAACAAUGAUAGAACUUUUUGACAAAUAUGUUUUGCUUCCGAACAAAGCUCACACUUAUCUCCUAAGGCAUCUGACGGAAUAUCACACAUACACUAACCGCCGCUAUGUUCUAAUGGAUGGCUUUCACUAAUAACAUCCACAAGGGGCUUAGCAGCUGAUAUAUAUAUAUAUAUAUAUAUAUAUAUAUAUAUAUGUAUAUAUAUAUAUAACACGAGAGAUCAUCACCAUUAAAAUAUAAAAUGUAAAGCACCCAGCACGCUCAAACACACACUGUUUCACCCAUAUACUCACGAAUGCAGGCAUGCACACACCAACCCAUACACACACAUAACCCACUUUCUUAGAGGUUGAGGUCUUUUCCCACGUUGGUAACACAUCACACAUACACCGGUAAAACUGAUGUAUCGUGUAUUAUAUAUAACAAGAACAUGCGAUAGUUCUCAUCACUGCUUGUAAUAAUAUAAAGUAAUAUAUUUAUGAACUAAUAUUUUUAUGGGUGGGUGCUUCAUGUUCAGGGUGAUGUGAAGCGAUGGUGUGGUAGCCUAGAUAAUAUUAAGUGCUUGCAUGCCUUCCCGCUUGCAGCUGCCACCGCUGGCUAGCCUUGUGCGAAAAAGGGAGCAGCUCUGCAUAAGCCUCUCGUGCCAGUUCACAGCCUCUUCGUCAUCGAGACUUGCAAUGCCUCCUCGUGGCCACCCGUGGAAAUUGGGCACCUUUUGGUCCCAGGCUGAACUGCCUCAGCCUGGGACCGCUCCCUGGCUCUGUACCAACUUCGGCGAGCUAUCCGUGUAGGUGCUUGGAAGAUCCAGUCCUUGUGGCAGAACGAAUGGUUACCGCUGCUAUCGAGGGAAUUGGAGCGGUUGGGAGUUGAGAAGGCUGCCCUCUUGGAGGUGAGAAGACCUUGCAGCGGCACGAUCAGUAUGGGUGGGUACACUUAUGACUGGUCGGGCCAUGGCGAUGGUCACUAUCUCCAGCCAUAGCAUCUCCAGCCGAAUCCAACCCUCAGUAGUUGAGGUAACACCGGUUGAUGAGCGUAUUAUGGUACUGAGACUGAAGCAUGAUUUUGGCUUAAUGUCUCUUAUUACUGUGUACGCUCCUACCGAUGUUUGCAAACUCUAUGUGAAAGAGGCGUUCUAUACCAAACUCACAGCAGUGGCAGACAAUUAAUUUCCCCCUAGCGAGACAUUCACAUUGUUCUGGGCGACUUCAAUAUAGUAUCCGGCUGUGAUCGAGCUGGCUACGAAAUGUCUGUCGGCCCCCAUGGCUCAGGAACUAAUCCCGGCAGCGAGAAUAGCCUUUUU